AUGUUGGGAGCAGUUCCAGAGCACAUGCACGAGGAACCUGAUGCAUCUGAAGAUCCAGAAACUAGUCAUCCUGCCAAGAAACAGCGACUAGAAUCAGCACUAUCAACAGACGAAAUCAUCACAGUUUUUAAACCAACUGCUGAUAUCGACGAUGGAUCAAGUACUAUGCAGACAGAGGAAGAAUCAGACAAAAUUACUCCUGUCGAAGCUACCAGUACGGACAAGCAAGAGGACGAGAAAUCCAAACAAUCAUCACCACGAUACACAGAGUCAUUACUACAACUCGAAAGAGACACUAUGGGACCAGACUGGUUUGAAAUCUUUGGUGCUGAGAUUGAAAAGCCGUACUUUCUCAAGAUCAAGAAGAGACUCGAACUCGAUGAAUCAAAAAGAAUUACAAUCUUCCCACCAAAGGAACAAAUUUAUUCUUUUACGAAAUGUCCUCUUAAUAAGAUCAAGGUUGUCAUCUUGGGCCAGGAUCCAUAUCAUGGUCAAGGCCAAGCUCAUGGAUUAUGUUUUUCUGUACAGAAGGGAGUCGCAAAUCCACCAUCUCUCAACAACAUAUUCAAGGAACUAGCAGAUGAUUUAGGUAAAGACAAGUUUCAAAAACCGAAACAUGGGUUUCUUGAAGGAUGGGCUACUCAAGGUGUGCUGCUAUUGAACUCUGCACUGACUGUUCAAAUGGACAAGGCAAACUCCCAUGCUGAGAUCGGAUGGGCUCGAUUCACUGAUGCCAUUGUCGAAUACAUUAACAAGAAUUCUAAAAAUGUUUGCUUCUUGUUAUGGGGUGGGAAUGCUCAGAAGAAGGGAGAGAAGAUUAAUAAGUCAAAGCAUCUAGUUUUGAAGAGCGCACAUCCAUCUCCGCUUAGUGCACAUCGUGGAUUCUUCAAACAAAAACACUUUUCCAAAGCCAACGCCUUCCUGGUGAAGAAUGGACUUGAACCUGUAGAUUGGAAUCAUCUUUAA